AUGAUGACUGGUACCUGUGCCACGUGACACUCCUUGCCCCAGAAGAGGAGAUUCUGUCCUGGGGCAUGUACCCCUACCCGUACCUGGCACGGGUCGAUCCCGAUGCGCGCAAGGGCACCCUCAUCUACCAACUGCUCGCACAUUACAGUGGCCAUGAAAACGCCACUGCUGGGAUAACUUACACACUCAUUGCAGGUGGUGAGGAGCGGUUCCAGGUGGAUAAGGACACUGGCAUUAUCAUGACCACUGGCUUGCCCUUGACGUGGAACAAGGAGUAUGUGGUUACCGUGGAAGCCUCUGAUGAGUACGGCAACAAAAGCCCCUAUGCCUCYGUUUCCAUCCUGGCAGGCUCCAGACCUCCACAGUUCACCAACAUGUCCUACAGUGUGUUUGUCCCUGAAAAUACUCCAGCAGGAGAAAAAGUUGCAGUUGUGGAGGCUGUUUCUUUCCAGAGCCAGCCCCUCUCGUACACUCUGCUGACCAACCCCUCCGGGCUCUUCUGGCUGAGGCAGGAGAGUGGUGAGCUCAGCCUCACCCACCCCGUGGACUAUGAGAGUGAGCACCACCUCUACCAUCUCCUGCUGAAAGCCAUGGAAGUCGAGAGCACUCUCAGCAGYGUGACUGAGGUCAUGGUCCAUAUCACCGAUGAAAACGACUGUUCUCCUGAAUUCCAGCGCUCCAUUUACAGCAGAGAUAACAUUCCUGAAACCAUUCCUGUUGGCACAUCCCUACUGCAAGUGCUUGCAACAGACUGCGACUCUGGCUCCAACUCUGAGAUCUCUUACUUCAUCCAGAGCACUGAUUUUUCCAUCACACGUCACGGGGUCAUCAAUUCUAACCAGAGGCUGAACUUUGAGCGAGCAAACCAUAUGUACGAGUUUGUGGUGAUCGCUGUCGAUAAAGGACAGCCCCCUCGCACAGGGACGGCGUCGGUGCGCAUUCGCAUGGCCAACGUCAACGACGAGGCUCCUGUCUUCUCCCAGCCCAUUUACAGGACUUUCCUUUCCGAAGAUGCUGGUCCCAGCACCUUGGUGGCUACUGUUCGGGCAGAGGACCCUGAUGGAGAUGGGAUACUUUAUCUGAUUACAGGAGGCAAUGAGGAGGGCAACUUUGAACUGGAUAGCCAGAAAGGUAUCAUUAAACUCCGCAGAAACCCACCGCCCCGCCUGAAAGGGCCACAGUACACCCUGAAUGUCACUGCGAUAGAUGACAAUGCCUCGGGGGGACCCACUCCUCUCAGCAGCUUUGCUGAGGUUAUUGUGGGAGUUAAUGACAUUAAUAACAACAAGCCUGUCUUUAGAGAGUGCGCUUACUACAGUGACAGCACCUGGGUUCUGGAGAAUCAGCCUCCAGGCACGCAUGUGCUACAGGUAGAAGCCUAUGAUGCAGACCUCGGCAUCAAUGGAGAGGUGAAGUAUGGGCUCAUGCACCGAGACGGAGCUUCCCUAGGCUUCAGCAUUGACCCAGACACAGGAGUCAUCACCACCACGCAGAGUUUUGACCGGGAGAAGCAGAGGGAGUACACRCUGUCUGUCACUGCGACUGACCAGGCGCAGGAGCCGCUGAUCGGGGUGUGCCAGGUCACCGUGCUCAUUGCUGAUGUCAACGACAACGAUCCCAAAUUUGAGAACAGUCGCUAUCAGUACUUCCUUAGCGAAGACACUCCAGUGGGGACGAGUUUCCUCCGAGUUGCAGCUCACGACAGUGACCAGGGUGUGAAUGCUGCUGUCACAUACUCAAUGUUAGAGCAUCAACAGGAAUACUUCCAGAUCAACCCCAGCACAGGCUGGGUGUACGUGAAUUGCCCACUGCYCCAGACAAUGCGCAUCAGCCGCUAUAUCGUAGCGACAGACGGCGGGAACAGGAGCAGCACCGUGGAGCUGACGGUGACUGUCACCAGUGCACUGAGCCAGCCACCCCAGUGGGAACAGAGCACAUACUGGGUAACCAUCCCUGAAAACACCAUUCGUGACACCAAGAUUGUGACCAUCAAAGCCACAUCCCCUCUUGGUGAUCCCAGGGUUACGUAUAAUCUGGAGGAGGGUCAAGUUCCAGAGACUAACAUGCCAGUUCGUUUCUAUCUGAAGCCAAACCGAGCUGAUGGAUCUGCUUCUCUUCUAGUCGCUGAACCACUUGACUUUGAGACAACUAAGUUUUUCACCCUGACAGUCCGGGCACAAAACGUAGCAAAGACUCCUUUAGCUUCCUUUGCCACUGUUUGUGUGAAUGUAACAGAUGUCAAUGAUAAUGUUCCAUUCUUCAUGUCUUCUAACUACGAGGUGUCUGUGCCAGAAGGAGCUGAUGUUGGCACRUCCGUGGUUCAGGUGUUAGCUAUGGACUUGGACUCUGGCCUACAUGGAGAGGUUCACUACUUAAUAUUGAAAGAUGUUAAUGAGGAUUACCGGUUYUUCACCAUUGAACCUGAGACAGGAAUUAUUUCCACCCAGGCAUCUUUUGACAGAGAGAAAAGAGCCUCUUACUUGAUUGAGGUUCAGUCUCAGGACUCAUCAGAAUCUGCUAGACCKGGUGUUCAGGGGCAGCCCAACACAGACACAGCCUACGUAAGGAUUUUUGUCAGUGAUGUGAAUGACAACGCUCCGGCAUUUCCUCGGUCAGUGUAUGAGGUCAGCAUAGAUGAGGACAGGGAUGUUGGAAGUCYUGUUGUGACAGCAUCAGCAGAUGAUGAAGAUGAGGGUGCAAAUGCCAAACUAAGGUAUCAGAUCACAUCAGGAAAUGUGAAAGGGGUUUUUGAUGUGGAACCUGAGAUUGGAACUGUCUUCAUUGCUCAGCCUCUGGAUUAUGAACAAGAACAACAUUAYGAGCUCCGGCUUGUAGCUUCUGAUGGAAAAUGGGAAAACCACACUCUUAUCAUCAUCAAUGUUGUCAAUAAGAAUGAUGAAGCACCAGUCUUCACUCAGAGUGAAUACCAGGGCAGUGUCUUGGAGGAACUCACAGAUCUGCCUGUACUUGUCCUGAAGGUUUCUGCAACAGAUCCYGACCAAGCAGCAGAUCAAAAUGCCAUUAACUAUUCCCUGCACGGCCAGGGGGCCAGCAGCGAAUUCAGCAUCGAUGAGAACACCGGUGAGAUCAGCGCAAAUAAAAGRCUGGACCGUGAGAAGCGAUCGACGUGGCGCUUUCUCGUUCUUGCCACAGAUGAGGGCGGAGAGGGACUGACUGGCUUUGCUGAUGUGAUCAUAGAAGUGAGGGAUGUGAACGACAAYGCCCCCCUUUUCCUCUGUGUGUUGGAUGGCUGCUUCACGGGCCACAUCCCUGAGGACUCCCCAGCUGACACUCCUAUCAUGGAAAUGACGGCAGUGGACCUCGAUGACCCAAAGGCUGGUAUAAAUGCUGUGCUAACAUACAGUAUCAUUCAGAACGUCAAAAAYGAAAUUAAUUUGAACUUGUUCUCCAUUGAUUCAGUCAGUGGCACCAUCUCUACAGUGCUUGGGUCCYUGGACCGGGAGAAGGAAGACAAGUACCUGGUGGUGGUUGAGGCCAGAGACGGAGGGGGGCUCACUGGGACAGGCACYGCCACUAUUUUGGUGACUGACAUAAAUGAUCAUGCUCCAGUCUUCCUGCAAAGGAUUUAUACAGCAUUUGUCUCUGAGAAUGCGAGUAUUAACACUGAGGUGGUGGUGGUGUCUGCUGUGGACAGAGAUGAGGGRGAAAAUGCCAUGGUAACAUUCAGCAUCCUUGAUGGGGACAAUGACCGCAAGUUCUCCAUAGAGACGGAUGAAGUCAACAACUGUGGGUUUAUCCGGCUACGCAAACGGAUUGACUUUGAGAAGCCUCAUGAGAGGGUAUUCAAUUUGACUGUGAAAGCAGAGGACAUGGAUUUCUUCAGCAUCGCUCACUGUGUGAUCUAUGUGGAGGAUUCGAAUGAUCACGCUCCUGUCUUCUACCCCCAGUUCUAUGAAGUGGCUGCUCUGGCAGAAGAUGUACCAGUUGGCACCAAAGUUAUUCAGGUUUCUGCUGUUGACUUGGAUUCUGGCCUGAAUGGAAGGUUUUCUUUYCACCUGCUAAACAAGUCUGAUCCAAGUGGCCAGUUCUCUUUGGCUAGUGAUGGGUGGCUGAUGGUUGCAGGAUUGCUGGAUCAUGAGAGAGUGACACAGUACCAACUCAUUGUCGUUGCCACUGAUAUGGGGCAGCCCCCUCUGACUGGCAGUGCCACUGUUUUAGUGACUUUGCAGGACGUAAAUGACAAYGGCCCAGAGUUCGAGGCGCAUUAUAACCCAGUGGUCUGGGAAAACACAGCUUCUCCACARGUGGUCCAAAUGAACGAGACCUCCACGCUGCUGUAUGCCAGGGACAGAGACACUGCUGUGAACGGAGCGCCUUUCUCCUUUCGCCUGCUCGGUGACCYCAAUGGCCCGGCCAGCUUCAGCUUGCAGGACCUCCACAAUGGAAGUGCCAUGCUCACCGCACUGCGGACCUUUGACAGGGAAGUGCACAAGGUGUUCUACCUGCCCAUCCUGAUCACAGACAGCGGGAUCCCACCCAUGAGCUCCACCAACACRCUGACCGUCAACAUCGGGGACCAAAAUGACCACCCGCACUCUGCCGGCUACAUGGAAUGUCUCAUUUACAGCUAUGAUGGUAUUCUCCCCACGACUGUACUGGGCCAGGUCAGUGCCCCUGAUGCUGAUGACUGGGAUCACAAAAUCUACCAAUUCGAAGGCAAAACAUCAAGGUACUUUAUCCUUAAUGAUAACUCAGGUUUGCUGACUAUUAAGGAAGGAACCCCACCGGGAACAUACAACAUAAGAGUUAGAGUCAUUGAUGGAGUCUGGCCAGAUGUUAUCUCGACUGUAAAGGUUAUAGUGAAGGAAAUCAGAGAUGAUGCCCUCCAUAAUGCUGGUUCUGUACGAAUAAAAGGUAUCACACCAGAAGAAUUCAUAUCCCAAUCCCCUGAAAAMCAAAGUAAAUACUACCAGAUGAAGAAGCUGCUUUCAGAAAUUAUCUCAGUUCAAYUGGAAAACGUUCAUAUUUUCAGUGUACUGAAUAGCCCAAGUCCAACCCGAGGGGUUGAUGUUUGGUUUGCAGUUUAUGGUCCACCUUAUUAUAAAGCAGAAAAACUAAAUGGCAAUGUAGCAGCUUCCAGAGCAUGGCUGGAAAGCAUUCUGGACAUUAAUAUCACCCAGAUUGGCAUUGAUGAAUGUGUGACUGCAGACUGCACUCACAGCAGCGGCUGCAUCAGUAAGCAUGAACAGAACCAUGUACCAACCAUAACCACAGCUGGAAGCUUUUCACUGGUGUCUGUGACUGUCCUGAGUCAUGCUGUGUGUGGCUGUGCCGCUCGGGAGAAUCCUCAUCUUUCCUGCUCCUCAUACCAGACAAAUCCUUGUCUCAACGGUGGCACAUGUGUGGAUACUGAUUUGGGCUACAGRUGCAAAUGUGCUGCAAAUUUUCAUGGACCAGACUGCCAGCAGACAAAACACAGCUUCAGAGGCCAUGGUUAUGCCUGGUUCCCUCCUCUUCAGCCUUGCUUUGAGAGCCGCAUCUCCUUAGAUUUUAUCACUGAAGUUGUUGAUGGCCUUCUGUUAUACCAUGGACCAGUGGCASAAGGACAGCCUGGAGAACAGGAAAAUUUCCUUGCUUUAGAACUCUGUGGUGGUGUCCCAUCGCUGACCGUGAGCCACAGCUCUGGUGAGCUUUUCCUGCAGCUGUCACAAAAAGUUAAUGUUGCAGAUCGCCGCUGGCACAAUAUUAAAAUUAUAAAUGAUGGAAAGGAAGUGAAGCUGAUUCUUGACCACUGUGUAAAUAUUUCAGUUAGAGACAAUGGCAGYGUCACUAAAAAGAUCUCCCAAAUCAAACUGCUGUAUUUGCAUGCUACUAAUUCUUUCUUUGGUUCCCUUCUCUUCAGCAUGGSUAAGCUCUUCCGUGGCCAUCAGCCCCUGCAGCUGGGUGGAGUUAAGAGGACUUUGCCUUACCGUGACUCACAAAGGCACUUCAGAGGGUUCGUGGGCUGCAUACGCAAYGUCAUUGUUGAUAGCAAGGUCUAUGAUUUAGAGCACCCUGCAGAGUCCCUGAACAGUGUUCCUGGCUGUGCCUUUACAGAUGAAAUGUGUCAGAGUGGUGGGAUGGCCUCCUGUGGCACCCAUGGCAAGUGCAUUAGUGGCUGGGAUUUCUUUCACUGUGACUGUUCCCCAGGAUAUGCUGGAUCAGCAUGUGAAAAAGUUCUUCCGGAAUGGGCUUUUGGAAGGGACAGCUGGAUCCAUUAYGAGCCAAGAAGCAUCCUCAGCACUCGCAGCACUCGGAUCCAGCUGAUGGUGCGCACCCGGAUCUCCCACAGCACCCUUCUCAGCUUGGCCUCUGCAGAUGGGAACGGACACCUCCGGCUGGAGGUGGUUGAGGGUUUCUUUAGYGUUAACUUCAGUUUGGGGGACAAAAAUCACUCUUUGAGGAUGAGGACAUUACGUAUAAACAAUGGCCAGUGGGUUCUUCUGACCAUGGAGCGCUACAACAAUGAAUUCACCCUGCGUGUUAAUGGUGGUGGAGGUGAUCAAGAAGUCACCUCUGUCUUGGGUAUGAAUAGAUGGUUUGAAAUGGAUUGGGCAAGCAUCGUGCUCGGAAACCGCCUUCCCAGUCAUUCAGAGAGUGAUUUCCAAGGUUGUAUGCGUGAUGUCCAGCUGGACGGUCAGCCGCUCCUCGUGGAAGGAAGAAGCACAGAGUAUGGAUUAAUUCUGAGGAGACAAGGAGUCACCAUGGGAUGCCAUUCCAGUGCCUGCAGCAGCCAGCCCUGUUACAGCCCCUUYCUCUGUGUAGACCUGUGGAGAAAAUAUGAAUGCCGGUGCCCAGCUGGGAAAGUAGAAGUGACUGACACCCUUACAGGGCUCAGACACUGCACCUCAUCUGCUUGUGGACCCUGGACYUGUAGGAAUGGGGGUACCUGUGUGGUUCAAUCCCAAGACAAGACUAUCUGCCAGUGCCCCGAAGGUUACAAGGGAAGAUGGUGUGAAAUUAGCCAGGUGAAGGCUGGAAGACCUGUUGGACUCAGCUCUGGCUCUAUUCUGGCAAUCAGCAUGUGCCUCCUUGUCUUCCUAGCACUCUUGGUUUCCUACACAGUGUGGAGUCAGUGGGGAAGUUCAGGGUUUCGGAAAGGAGGAAUUUACCACAUUCCUGAAGAGCGUGAAAGCUGGGAGGAUGUUAGAGAAAAYGUCUUCAAUUAUAAUGAAGAAGGAGGUGGAGAACGUGACCAGAAUGCUUACGAUAUAGAUGAACUGAAGAAACCUCUCCGUAACAUUCCCCACUCCUCCUCGCGAGCAGCUGCUCCACACUCCAGGACACCAACUGGCCCAAAGAGAGACUCACUCCCAAAACAWGCACAUCAAAAACAAUCAAUAUCAGCUGUUACCAGCAUCCCAGACUUCAAGGAAUACGUUUCUCAAAUCMUACGGGAUGCAGACAAUGAUCUAAAGAGUCUUCCAGCUGACACUAUUCAUUUUUACUGCUCGGAAGGGCAAUGCUCUCUAGCAGGGAGCCUUAGUUCGUUAGAUUCCAUCAGUGGUGAUGAAGACCUAAAUUAUGAUUGCCUCCAGGAGUGGGGGUCAAAGUUUGAGAAACUUAAAGAACUCUAUGUGGUCUCAAAUGAAAAUUUGUAGCCAGAGUUAAAGGAACUGGACACAUUGUCAUGACAUAUGGACACUACUUUUAAAAAUACCCUUUUUUAUAUGUAAAUUACAUUAAGUAACUUCUGUGAUGCAACUUUUUAGUUAAAAUAGCAUGAUAUACUCACUUUUCCCAGGAGUGACAUUCUGAAUGAUCUUUUUUAUAUGCACUGUACAAAGUURUUUCAUUACUUAAGUGCAAAGACUUUUAAAGCAUUAAUUUUCUUAAAAACUUUGGAAUGCAGGAUAUCUAUAGCAUAGUAUUAURAUAUCCUUUUUUAUUUGUGUAGACCACAGUGACUUACUAGAAUUAUCCUGGAUGCAAGAACUUGAAUUAUUUUCUCCUUAGUAUGAAUAUGAAACCUAUCAGGUGGGUAACAAGGUGUUGGGCAUUCUUUUUUUUUUUUUAAAGUGAAUUAAUUUUAGACUGUGAAAUAAUUAUUACCAAUGUUAAAUAUAAAACAUUCUAAAUUUCUGGUUUCUUGACAGCUUUURUUGUAUCCUCCUAAACUCUGCUCUUCCAUGUCAUGACAUACACCACCUCACAUGCUGCCCAAAUCUGUGGGACUUUUUCUGUCCGCCCCUUUUUCUAAUUACCUGUAAUGGGGGGAAAACAGUAGAAAGAUCCCAUCUGUGAACAUGACUUUGUGACAAUUUUACAUUCUCAAAGGCAGUUGUGAGACCUGGAAAAAGUUCCUUCUCUGUAAACUUUUAUGUCCAACUUUGCUUUUCACAUGGAAUACUUCUUUGAAGUGUGAAGCUGGAAAAUAGAAGRGCUGAUGGCAGGUGUGAAGACAAGAAAGAAGGGCAUCCAGGCAAAAGCUGGAACUCAAUUCUUUCAAUCAGGAUAGUCAUUGUGAAAACCGGGAUCCUCUAAACAGAAAGCAUGGGAAACCUAGCCUCUAUUCCUUUGCCUCCUCCUACUCCCGUGCUCCAAAAAAUGAUUGGUUUUAGCAUGGAAAAAGGGAAUCAGAAGCUCCUGAAAUCUGACAUUGGCUUGAACACUCACRUUUGUGACCAUGGGUAAAUCACCUUGUUCUCUCCCUUUCUCUCUUAACCUCUCUGAAGUGGGGCAGCUCCCAAUGCAUGGGGUGAUGUGUAGAUAUUAACAGAUGCUUACAGAGUGCUUGUAAGCUCUGAAAUGCCAAGGGUUUUUUAAAUGUUUUCAGCUCAGUGGGGUUUUUUAAUUACCAUGACACUUGACAUUUGUUUUUUAUUAUUGAA